UGAAACAUUAAUUUAUAAGACAAAACUGCCCUUUUCUCUCUCUAAUACUCUCUGUCUCUCGCAUACACAUAUCAUCUCUCAAAGUGUCAUUCUUGCUUUUAGACCAGUACCAACCAAGUGGGUUUGAUUUUCAUCUCUUUGAAGACUCAUCAAUUAGCUUUUUCUCUCCCUUUUUCAGCUUCUUGAUCUAUGGAUACUAGUGCUCAGUGGCCACAGGGGGUAGGGUUGGUGAAACCCAUGGAAGGCUCAAGGGCUAUAACUGAAAGGAAGCCAAGACCACAAAAGGAACAAGCUUUGAACUGCCCUAGGUGCAAUUCAACCAACACCAAGUUUUGUUACUACAAUAAUUACAGUCUCACUCAACCAAGGUACUUUUGUAAGACUUGUAGAAGAUAUUGGACUGAAGGAGGGUCUCUCAGAAACGUUCCAGUUGGAGGAGGUUCAAGGAAGAACAAGAGAUCAUCGUCGUCGUCAUCACCGUCACCAUCAUCAAAAAAGCUUCCCGAUCAUCUGGGCCCACCAAGUUUCUCAUCUCAGUCUGCCUCUCAAAACCCUAGGAUCCAUGAAAACCUCAACCUAGCUUACCCAGCAAGUACAAGUGAUAAUUACCAUAAUGCCCUUAAUCCUAACCCUUCCUCUACUUCACCUCAUGUGUCAGCCAUGGAGCUUCUCAAGACUGGGAUUUCUUCAAGGGGACUCAGUUCUUUCAUGCCGAUGCCAAUUCCGGACUCGAAUUCAAUCUACCCAUCUGGGUUUCCUAUGCAAGAAUUCAAGCCAAGCCUCAAUUUUUCUCUAGAUGGGUUUGAAAGUGGGUAUCAUCAUCAUCAUCAUCAAGAAAAUAGUAGCGCGAGGUUGUUUUUUCCAUUUGAGGAAUUGAAGCAAGCACCAAACACGGCUGAGAUUGAGCAGAAUAGUGGACAAGGAGGACCUAGUGGGUACUGGAGUGGGAUGUUAGGUGGAGGGGCAUGGUAAUUUGGUAAAUUAUUCAAAAAAAUGGAAAGCAACAACAUGAAGAAGUGAAGUUGGUAUUAUUUGAUAUUUAUUUGAGUUUAAUUUGGGGAAAAAAAUGACUUGAUUUUAUUUUCUCUCUCCUGUUUGGAUCUUCUUUUUCCCUUUCUACUCUUUAUUUCUUUUUCUUUCUUUUUUUUUCUUUUCCUUUCUAAUAUGCUUGUUGAUCAAUUUGAAUGUUUGAAGCUUGUUUAGGUUAUAGCUUCAAAAUGUUCUAUCAGUUUUAUGUUGCUGAUGUUGCAUGAAAUAAUUGUUUUUGAGUACAUAUAUAGAAAUGAGUCAGUGAAAUGUUGAAGACUAGUAAAAUUUGCA